UCCUAUUCCAAAUACAUAGUGGCAAUGACUUCAACAUAUUAAGAUAAAUCUAAAUGAAGACUUCCCAAGUAGUUUAAAAGUAGAUUACACGGUGCGCUUACACAACUUGCUGGCUAUAGAGAGUUUGUGUUGGAGUCUUAUUUUAAAUGAUAGAGCAUACGGACGUUAAACCUAUGACACCUCUAGUGAGCUCGGACCGGUGCUGCAGGUGGGCGGCAUAGGCAGGAAUUUAUUUCUCAAUAUGUUGAAUGGAACGGACGCGCAAAAUUUCGCCAAAGACGCAGAAUUAAACAGCCACCUGCACCGAAACCGCGACUUAUCGGACUUCAAAAUGGGCAUCCAAGACACGAGGUUUUAUUAUCAGGACUCGAUUCCAAAUGGACAGGACAGUUUGACGUUGCCGUUCCACGCCGAACACCACCAAAGCGCCGGAGCGCAGACGGGGAGGUUUUACUCACCGGCUCAGCUCGGCAGCUGUCACUUCACCAGCCGGAGCGGGACGGGACAUACUUACGUUCCAGGCGGAGCCGAUGCGUAUUCUUCAGCCAACGGUAAAGACGCGUACCCGAGCAGCGCAGACGGCUACCCGGCGUCUUUUCAGCACGGGUUCCCGCGAGCACCGAUGUACUCUUUACCUGGUCUACAGGUGUCCGGGAAGACGCAAGUGCUCCUCAACAACUACUCGCUGUGGGCAAAGUUCCACAAGUACCAGACAGAGAUGAUCAUAACGAAACAGGGACGGAGGAUGUUCCCUGUCCUCAGCUUUAACAUCAACUCACUGGACCCCUCAGCUCAUUAUAACAUAUACGUGGAUGUGGUUCUUGCUGACCAGCAUCACUGGAGGUACCAAGGAGGCAAAUGGGUCCAGUGCGGCAAGGCAGAAGGCAACAUGCCAGGAAACAGAAUGUAUAUGCACCCAGACUCUCCCAACACUGGGAAUCACUGGAUGAGACAGGAAGUUUCCUUUGGCAAACUGAAACUUACCAACAACAAAGGCAGCUCUAACAAUGUAGCACAGAUGAUAGUGCUGCAGUCGCUCCAUAAAUACCAACCACGUCUUCACAUCGUGGAGGUGAAAGAGGAUGGAACGGAGGACCCCUUUCUGACCUCGAAAACUCAGACGUUUGUCUUCCCUGAGACUCAGUUCAUUGCCGUCACUGCCUACCAGAAUGCAGAUAUCACUCAGCUGAAAAUAGAUCAUAACCCUUUUGCUAAAGGUUUCCGGGACAAUUAUGACACGCUGUACGCACCUCUUGACUCAGACCGCUUUACGCCUUCCCCAACCGAGAGCCAGCAGCUCCUCCCAGGCAGUUGUUACCCUCACCAGCCGUACCUGUCUGAUCAGUACAUGAGCCCCCUGCCUCAGAAUCGUUUCUACAGCCGCGAGCCGGUCAGCAUGACCCAGCAGUGCCCCAAAGACCCUACCGCCAGCCCUCACAGCCGCUUUUACCUGCCCAGCCAGCAGGGGGUGCCGCCGAACCGCCUUGACUUCAACGCGUACGAGAGCGAAUACACUUCCAACAGCCUCUACAAGCCGUUUCCGAUUCAGACGUCCCCACACCACCCUCUGGGCUACUACUCUGAAAGCCCCUUCGCGUCCGGGACGGUUUCUGGUGCCAACACAGGAGCGUGGAGCUCAGGACGGCCCUCACCGCAGUAUCUUAAUCACCUACACCACAGUAAACCUGGGUCUAGUCUCGGCUGGUUCCGAACCAUCUCGUCCCCAGCUGCAUCUUCAUCUCCCUCAGCAGUGAACUCGCGCUUCCAUUCCUCCCCAUCACUCCUGGAUCCCCAGCACCAGCCUCUGCUCCAAGACAAGUCCAAAGAGUCCGGGGAGGACGCCUGGAUUGAAGCCCCCUCGGUUAAAUCGGUGGACUCAGCUGACUCAGGUUUGUUCGAGGGAGGAGAGAGCAAGAAGAGGCGCGUGUCGCCUUAUACGUCCAGCACGGAAAAUUCCCCUCCCAACCGCAGCGCAGAGGUUUGCGAAAAGGACAAUUGCAGCGACGCGGGCUACUACGGCUUCUACACCCACUGAAGACCAGCACUCAGACUGUACUCCUGCUGUCUUCCACCCACCGUCUGUCUGCAUGUCCCGAGACACAGGGAUAAAGCUCUCUGUGAUAGUAGCUACAGUGCCAGGUCUUAGGUGGCCCCUCUGUGCUUUGUAUUCCCUGUGUUAGAUGUUUGGGGGUUAUGUGGAGGUGUUCUGAAGGUCACUGUCACACAAAAGACGAAGACGAUGUGACUGCGCUGAGACACUGGCCUGGAGAUACACAGACAGGCAGACCUGUGUGACUUUAGCAGCUGAAGAUUUCACAGCACACCUGCUGACACUCCCCCAAAGGAACUGUCUCUGUCCCCCUCGUCAGCCACAGACAUGAAAACACCUCACAAAAACCCACACGCACGCUCAAACAAACAAUCAAAUCCUUUUCGUCACAUUUACAUCUGUCUUUAAAAAUGUGGACUUAGAGGCAUAGUUCACCCAAAAAAGAAAAGUCCAUCAUCAUUUACUCUCCCUCAUGUCAUGAUCAUUUCAAACCCGUUUGACUUUUUGUCUGUAACACAAAGACAUUUUUUAAGAAAUUACAACAAAGUGCUUUCAAGCUUCAAGGAUGCAAAAUCACUAUAAAAAUAGUUCAUACAACUCAUGUGCUGCAUGUCAAGUCAUCUAAAGCUUAUUGAUAGCUUUGGAUGAGAAAAGACAUGGAAUUUGAGUCUGAUAUCAUCUGAUUCUGACAAUCAUCUGACAUUGCUUGUUCUUUCAUGAACACACCAAAGAAAAUGUGUUUCUCACCUAAAGCUAUUGUACACAGAAAAUAUAUACAUCCUAUUUUCACUCUGAAAUUGUGAAUUUCACAAAUAAUUACAAAGAAGCAACAAGUAACAGAUUGAACUAAACAUGAAAUUCUUAAGUAG